CCCUAGUCAUGCCAUUUAGAAUUCUAUUUGUACAUCGGCUUUAGUUAGCAUCCAGUUCUUUUAUCCCCGAACUUUUCUUACCACAAAACCGGACUAUCCCUAAAUCGGUUAAUAACCACCCCAAGUCUUGCAUCUUUGGUGAAAUAUCCGCUCUAUUUAAUGAAGUGUCGUUUGAUCCUAAAUCACAAAAUAUGCCAUUCUCCAAAUUUAAAAAUCUAUAAAUAAUUGGCCGAUCCUCUCAAUUGAUUUACAAAAUAAAUUAACACAUUGAAAAACCCACUAAAAAAAUGUCCACUGAUUUUGCAAUUCCUUACACCAAAUUAGGUGAUUCCGGUUUAUCUAUUUCCAGAGUUGUUGCUGGAUGUAUGUCUUAUGGUACCAAGAAAUGGGCAGAUUGGGUUCUUGAAGAUGAAGAAGAAAUUAUGAAUAUUUUAAAAAAAUGUUAUGAUGUUGGGAUCAGAACAUUUGACACUGCUGAUGUUUACUCCAAUGGACAAUCUGAAAUCUGGCUCGGAAAGUUCCUUAGAAAAUAUAACAUUAAGCGUGACAGAGUCGUUAUUUUAACCAAGUGUUUUGCUCCUGUUAAUGAGGACGAACCCAGUUUUCAAUUUAGAGGGGUUGAUAAUGACUAUAUUAAUUCAAAGGGUUUAUCCAGAAAGCACAUCUUUGAUGCUGUCGAAGCCUCUGUCAGAAGAUUAGGUACACACAUUGAUGUUCUUCAAAUUCACAGAUUGGACGAUACACCAAAACAUGAAAUUAUGAAAGCAUUGAACGAUGUUAUUUUAUCAGGACAAGUAAGAUAUAUUGGAGCUUCAUCCAUGAAAGCAGUUGAUUUUGUUCAAUUACAAGCUAUUGCUGACAAGAAUGGUUGGUUCAAAUUCAUCAGUAUGCAAAACUACUAUAACUUACUUUACCGUGAACAAGAGAAUGAAAUGAAUUAUUUCUGUAACGAUAAUGUCUUUGGUAAAGUUGGAUUGAUUCCAUGGUCACCAAUUGCCAUGGGAGUUUUAGCAAAGCCUGCCAGUGUCUCCGUUGAGAAGAAGCACGCAAGAGUUUCCGGAAUCAUUAAUAUUUUGGGAUACAACAGCUUGGAAGAAGAUGAUAUUGAGAUUAUUAACAGAGUUGAAGAAUUGGCCAAAAAGCGCGAUGUUAGUAUGGCAAUUAUAGCUACUGCUUGGGUUCUCUCUAAAGGCGCCAAUCCAAUUAUUGGUCUUAACUCAGUGAAGAGGGUCGAAGAAGCUUUGCAAGCUACUCAAAUUAAGUUAACUGAGGAAGAGAUCAAGUAUUUGGAAGAAGCUUACAAGUAUAAAUUCAAGCCUUAUUUCUAAAUAUAUAUCUCUAAUUUGAUUCGUUAAAUACUGUUCUUAUCAAAUGAAAACGUAAUAAGG